GUUUCUCUCUUUUCUGUUAGAAGCGGGCGCAGGUGGUUUCGGUUGACAGAAAUAGUUAAAACUGUCGCUGAAAACUUUGCUGCCUUUUUUUCUCUCUUUCUUUCUUUUUUCUUUGGGGUCAGUAACCUGUGAAGAGAGCACAAAAAAAAAAGGAUUUACUGAAGACUGGGAUUUACCUGUGGUGGCGUGUUAACGGUACUUUGUCGCCUGUCUUCGAGACAUAAGUUUUAUUUUUUUCAAAGAAAAAUAAAAUAAAACGGAUUAAAAAGAAAAAGACAACUUUUUGUUUUUCACCAGAGGAGAAGGCCUGUGCUCCACCUGCUGCAGAAAAUACAGGCUAAAGGGACUGUUGAGGGCUUAGACCACCUGCCCUGAGGAGUCAAGGAGAGAAGGAAGGAGACAAGGGAGGAAGGAAGGAGGUAGAUCAUCAUCUACUGUUGACCUCUGCUUCCCACUGAAUACAGAUGUAUGCUGAGAAAGUUGUGACGGAGGGGAAGAUGGGGAGCAGGGGAAUCUCUCUGACCUGUGUGUUGACCCCGUGCCGGGUGAUCGGGGUGUGUGUGACGGUGAUGAUCUUGGGAGCCAUGGGAGCAGCCGUUUGGGCCGUAGUUACUUAUUGCACGAUGGAGGAAGACACAGGACUGUAUGAUGUUCAGGUAAAUUCUGCUGACCAACGUCUCAGAGUGUUUGACUCCGCCCAGAGGAGGUGGCGUCAGGUGUGUUCCUCCUCAGCCAAUGAACUGCUCGCUAGCAUCAGCUGUGAAGAAGUGGGCUUUGUCAGUGUGGUGAAUUACUCGGUCACGUCAGUGCCAGAGGCCAGUGGAGAUGGUGGAGAGUUCUUCUGUGUCAAACAGGAAGAGCUCAGCUACGGCAAGAAAAUUAAAGACUCAUUGUUCCCAUGUGACUGUGAGAGCAGGGAGGUUCUCACACUCUUGUGCCAAGACUGCGGCAGGCGCAGUUUCGCAGCAGACCGUAUAGUUGGUGGCGUGGAUGCCAGACAGGGCAGCUGGCCUUGGCAGGUCAGCUUGCAGUACGAUGGAGUUCAUCAAUGUGGAGGAUCCAUCAUCUCAAACCGCUGGAUUGUCUCUGCGGCUCACUGCUUCCCUGAACGGUACCGCUUUGUUAACCGCUGGCGUGUGCUGCUGGGCUCCAUCUAUAAUAAACCGGUCAAUGCCAACGUGGCGGAGGUGAAGACCAUUGUUUAUCACAGCAGCUACCUGCCCUUUGUAGAUGCCAACAUUGAUGACAACAGCAGGGACAUCGCUGUUUUGGCCCUCACCCAACCGCUCACUUUCAAUGAAUACAUCCAGCCUAUUUGCAUGCCAGCAUAUGGUCAAAGGCUGAUAGACGGACAGAUGGGAACAGUAACAGGCUGGGGAAAUGUUGGAUACUACGGUCAUCUAGCAGAUGUUCUCCAGGAAGCGAAUGUGCCCAUCAUCAGUGACGCUGUCUGUAACGCUCCUGAUUACUACGACAAUCAGAUCACCACCAGUAUGUUCUGUGCUGGUUAUGAAAAAGGAGGCACUGAUGCCUGCCAGGGAGACAGCGGCGGUCCUUUUGUGGCAGAUGACUGUCUCUCUAAGACCAGUCGGUAUCGUCUGCUGGGAGUGGUGAGCUGGGGAACAGGCUGUGCCAUGCCAAAGAAACCUGGUGUAUACACCAGAGUGUCCCGGUUUCUGCCCUGGAUAUCUACGGCCAUGAGGAACUAUCACAACUCACCAGGGGUUCACAAAAUGGCCCGAACAUGAGGUUGCUGCACCUGUAUCUCUACUUUUUUCACACUUGGGUGACAGUAUGGACAGAUCCUGUAAAUGUCAAUGGGGAGUGCUACAGCGUGGGGAUUCCCCUUCUACGGCUGUAGAUUCCCCUUCUAACCUAGAACAUUUUACUGAGGAUUUACCAACUUCUUGUACCAGACUGUAAGUAUUUGGACAGUUCCACAUUUUUUUGUCCCUCAGGCUCUGAGCGUCACCACAUUUAACAUAAAAUUAAGUAAUGGUUACUACACUAAUAAAAACAUAAAUCCUUACAAAACCAGUAAUAGAAUAAAUACAUCAUAAAGUGGACACUUGGCAAUGAAAUGUUUGUCAUUGAAUGCAAAGAACUGUCCACAAAAAAUUAAAUAUGAUGUUUUUGUUUGACUUCAUGUGUAUCUGUCCAAAUACUUUCAAAGCUCUAAACUUUGAGCAUCUUUAAAGUCUCUAAAGUCCUACGUCCUGUGUUUCCUAUGUAUGCAUGUACUUAAAUGUGGUAACCAUUGUUUUAUUUCAAAUUGAAUGUUCUGAAGCUCAGAGACUGAGGAACAAAAAUGUCUAACUGUAAAUACUUACUUCUGGACUGGAUCCUGUAUCUUUACAGAUAUACUCAGACAGAGCUCUUUAAGAGACAGCAAGAUAUUUUAAACUUGUAGGCAGAGAGUUACUGAGGUGGACUUACUUUGUUAUUAUGAGGUUAUGGAGACGUUUUAAGGUUAAAUACUGAUAAAAGGCCAAAGGUGAAAUCAUAUCAGAAUCAUUAUACUGGAUUUAAGAUGCUAGUUUUGUAGAUUAUUUUCUGAGAUUACUUUUUUUUUUUUUUUUAGUUGCUUACUACGGCAAA